CACGCCGGUGCCGAGUGGCCCGUUGAGCCCGAUUUGAACCGGAGUCUGAUCCAAAACAGCAGCGUCUGCCUCUGGCUCGGAUCUUUUUCUUCUGUUUUUCUGGAUCUACACAUCACACAUCAGCUGCGGGAUGCCUUCUAAUUUCCAAGGUGGGAAAGCCUUCGGGCUGUUAAAGGAGCAGCAGAGGCAAAAGCUGGAAGAAAUAAACAAGGAAUAUCUGGAAGACCAGAAAUACAGGGACGAAGACGACCUGCCUGAGAAGCUGGAACGCUUCAAAAAUAAAUAUGCUGAGUUUGACCUGAACGACCAAGGAGAGAUCGAUCUGAUGGGCCUGAAGCGGAUGAUGGAGAAGCUCGGCGUGCCCAAGACCCACUUGGAGUUGAAGAAGAUGAUCGUGGAGGUGACGGGCGGCAGCAGCAGCAACACCAUCAACUACCGGGACUUCGUCAAGAUGAUGCUGGGCAAGCGCUCAGCCGUGCUAAAGCUAGUUCUGAUCUUCGAGGACAAAGCCAGCGGCUCCCCCUGCAAACCGGCAGGCCCCCCUCCGAAGCGGGACAUCGCCAGCCUGCCUUGAGCGCGGACGUGGGCCGUCCAGACCGCUCACAAAGCAGAGGGACCGCCAGCGGCCGCGUGGAAAAACCUGUGGAGUGUUGUGUUGUCGUGGGACCCGUGAUCGAGGAUGUGAUCUUGUGAAUAUUAAGAUGUGUGCGAGGUUUCUGUUGUUUGGAAGUCUGAGCCCGAAAACCCCCGGAAGAAGAUGUUUGACUGUGAAUAUUCUUAUCCAUCUCUUAUUUUAUUUUAUUUUUUUUUUAUUAUUAUUUUCCUCCUCCACAGUUGAAAAUGUAGCAGUGGUAGUUCUUAAAUUUUGUAGUUAGAUGGUUUCAUGGUUUCUUUUUUUUUUUUUUUUUAAGGGAAGACUCGAAAUUCUCCACCGAUCGCUUUUCAUUCCUCGUUUGUUGGUUUUACUGUAGAGGCGCUUGUAGCUGAAUGGCGUGAGAGUAGGACGCUCUUUGACGAAGCACAAAGGAGAAGAAGCAGUUUGUUUUUUUCCAGACACGUUUUUUGCACUGUCCUCCGGUCUCGCGCGGAUUCCCGCCAGGCUAAUCUGGGUAAACGUCUCGCUUUAGAUCAGGUGCCAGAGAAAACAGGCCCCGGCCCUCUUUUCCUCUGUGGAACCGGCAGCAAGGCCGCUGCCGCCGCCGCCUCGCCGUCUAAAUCCCUGACGACACUCGGUUGCGUUUUUGAAUAUUCGGUCACAGCGGUGGAAGGAGAAUCAGAGGAAGUGGGCCGCGGGACUUUUCAGCGUCGGCAGGAGGAUCGAAGAGCUGCACCGUCGACUCCGUGGUCGAUCUGUGAGGUUUAGCACCAGUUGACAUUGGAAGGAGUGUGAUUUACAGACACACACACACACACACACAAGCGGAGCAAAUGUACAUAAUAUCCUCCUCACAGUACAAUCAUAUUCUUUCCAAGUGCCUCAACACGCAGAUACUGUAGAGCUCAAACACGCAGUUGGAUGGAGAAGGGAGUGCAGUUGUCUUCGCUGGUCUAUUCCACAAAACCACGAUUUGAUGUCCUGGUAAUCGUUUUGAUGAUGUUUUUCAGUUGCAUUGAGAUGUUUUUUUUCUUAUGGAUCUCCACGAUUAUCUGAGUGAGUGAAAUUCACGAGUGAUGGAGUUUUUAAAUGUAGAUUUCUGUGUAUUUUCCUCCCACUUUUCGUUCCCCGACCAUUCCUUUAUGUCAGCGCAAACAUUUCUUCUGUUUAUUGGGUGAUCUGUCUUGCCCACGGUUUUAUUCUUCCCCGCCUCGCGCUGUUUAUCGGCCGGCCAUCCAUCUUUGUUUGGCCGGUCUUUGUUGUCCUCUGAGUUCUGUAAUUUGUGCCUCCAUUUUCAUCUCUCCCGUGUAAAGUUUCUUCAUGACUCACCCCAUUUACUGUCAACGUUUUACGCAGUUAUGUUGUUUUCUGCUUUCCAUCGGGGAGGCUUAUUACCUAUUUUAGUGUUCUUAAGGUGCACAACGUCUGCCGACACCAAAGGAAUUAAAAUGUGUUUUUACACUGGCCUGUUAAGGGUUUUUAAAUUGCUCACUGUGGUAACGGGGAUAUCUCAGAAAAUUGUGAUAUUUAGAAGGAAAAAACAAAAAAGAAGUGAGUUUUAUGAGUGUAGGAGGAGGAGGGUGUCGCGCCACACGGGGAGAUCAGAUGCAGUAAUAUUUACUCCUCAUCUCGAGGCGAGCGUCCUUGACCUCGUGCAGAUCGGCCGUCCUUUAAGCCUGCGAAGAUUUAAAUUGAGUUGUGAAACGAUGGCACUGCAGCAGAUCUCUGAUGUGACUGAUAAACCUGUAUGUCUCCAUGUUGCAUGAGUAUCACUCCUUCCCCUCCCACAUGAAGAUGUGUGUGUGUGAGUGUGUGUGAGUCAUUGGUUUCCACUACUGUCUGAGUCACUGUUUCAGUGUACUGAUGCUUUUCUUUCUAUAUUUGUUCCCUUAUUAACUUUUUAUGUUGCUUCAUGUACAUGCGUGCACAACACUCGAGCAAUAA